GAAAUCAAUUGAAAUUUUUUGCGAGGAACGAGGAUUGAAAUAGAUUGGAGGACGGUGUUCAUAGUUAAAAGGACAUUUAAAUCUCCGUAUAUAUUUUAAUUGUUUAAUUAUUAUUGUUAUUUAUAAAUCAUCGUAAAAUGUUGCGCGUCAUUGCGAGACGAGUACAGGGUGUAAAGAUUACUUCUUUACGGACAUUUAGCGCACAGGCUUCGAGUACCAUGAGUUCACCCACAGUGAAUACUAAUGUGCCAGGUCUCAGCAAUAAUGUUGUCGAAGUACCAAACACACCUGUAGGACCCAACGCCUCCAAGGAUACGGAAUACAAGAAUCCCGAAUACUUUUGCUAUCAUGUAGACUCGUUUGGGGAAGCUGAAGUGGAAUUGGCCAAGUACAGGUUGCCAGCACCAUCUAAUAGCAGACCAUUUAAUAAAUAAACGAUAGAACAAAAGCUUGCAGAUAGUAGGGACAAAAUAAUAAAUUUAAUAAGUUGAAAAAAUGUACAAAAGAGAUGGCGAUGAUGAGCUGUGUGUAUUCAAAACUGUGUUACAUAUUAAUUAAGAAAAAUAUGUUUAAUUAUCUGUGUAA